AUGAGCUCCGAGAAGCUCUCCAGCGACAGCAAGUCGGCCAACUACGCGGCCUCAGUGCACGCGGCGUCGGUCAACGACCCCGUCCAUGAGGUCUUGUACACGGACAGCGGCGUGGUGAUCGGCGAGAAGGGCGAGAACGGAGCCGGAGUCACGUAUCAGUCCGCCUCAGGUGCGCCAGUCGAGGCGCGCUCGCCUCUGGGCUACUCGGUCGGCACGUGGACAGCGCUCUUCCUGAACGUGUCCAUGAUCGUCGGCACUGGUAUCUUCUCCACGCGCGGGGACCGGCACGAGACCGGGAAGAUCGUUUCCAGCGAAACUUUCCUUUGCGCCGGUCAAAGCUACGAAGGCAAGGUUCCGAGCAUCCUGCAGUCAACGGGCAGCAUCGGCCUCUCGCUCGUGUACUGGGCGAUCGGAUUCGUGCUCACCCUCGCAGGCCUCUCAGUCUACCUCGAGCUGUUGUCGUACUUCCCCUCGCGCUCCGGCUCCGAAGUGGUGUAUCUUGAGCAGGCGUUUCCUCGGCCGCGCUUCUUCUUCCCCGUCGCGUUCGCGGUGCAGACGAUCAUUCUUUCCUUCACGUCCGGCAACGCGAUCGUGCUUGCGACAUGGAUCUUCCGUCUCUGCGGACACACGGGCUCCGAGUGGGCGCUGAAGGGCACCGCCAUCGGCGCCUUUGCGGCCAUCUCACUCGUGCCUAUCUUGUCCACGCGCUUCUCGCUGUUCGCCGUCAACGUCUUUGGCACGAUCAAGCUGCUGACGCUCGUCUUCAUUGCGAUCGCAGGCUUCGUCGUGCUCGGCGGCAAGACGAGUAUCCAGAACCCGAAACAAAACUUCCACAACGCCUUCGCGGGAACGAGGAGUGACGGGUACGCGCAAGCCAAUGCGCUCGUGUCCAUCAUCUACUCCUACCAGGGGUUCCAGAACACGUUCAACGUCGCGAACGAGGUGCGCAACCCGGUCCCAACCCUCAAGAAAGCCAGCAACGCGGCCGUCAUUGUCGUCGCGAUCCUGUACACGCUCGUGAACAUUGCCUACUUCGCCGCGAUCCCCAAGGCCGAGCUCGCCUCUAGUGCGCAAGUGACAGCGACGCUGUUCUUCGAGCGCCUUUUCGGCGCCCGCGCCGCACAGGGCCUCACCAUCCUCCCCGUGCUAUCUGCGAUUGGCAACAUCCUCGCCGUCAUUGUGGGACAGGCGCGCAUCAUCCGCGAAAUCGGCCGCCAGGGCGUCCUCCCCUGGAACAGGUGGUGGGUCAACAUCCGCCCGUUCGGCACGCCGAUCGGCCCAGUCAUCACGAUCUGGCUCGUGACGACGGUCAUGAUCCUGGCGCCGCCGGCGGGGGAUGCGUUCAACUUUGUGAUUGCGCUGCAGAACUAUCCCGAGAGCGCCUUCUUCGCACUCAUGACCGUGGGCCUGUUCGUGAUCCGGCGCAAGAGGGCCAAGCUGGGCUUGCCCAGGAGUGAGUAUCGGGCUUGGACGGCAAGUGUCCUCCUCUUCCUCGCUAGCAAGAUCUAUCUCUUGAUUAUGCCCUGGGUCCCGCCCAGCGAGGGCAUCAAUGCCUCCAGCUUCCACUUCUUCUAUGCCACGCCGAGCAUUGUCGGCCUCGCCAUCAUUGCCAUCUCGGGAGGAUACUUCUGGGUCUGGGGACAGCUCCUGCCUCGCUGGCGCUCUUAUGCUAUCCGGCGCCGGGUCACGACGUGGCCCGACGGGGCUGUUGGGCACGAGCUUGUGCGUGUGCCCCUUGACGAGCUGCAGGAGUGGGACGACAAGCACGAUCCCGCCGGCCGCUCGAUUCACUCCGAGACAACGACCGUCGUCGACGACCCCGACAAGGCCUAG